CCAAACACUGACAGUCUAUCCCAAUGUACCCCUAGCAUUACUUACUCUGUGCAUUUGUGCUCCUGAUAUCUUCUUCUUCUCCAACUAAACUUUCUAAACAUCGGAAGGAAACUGCUAUGGCUGUUCUACCCUUCUUAUCUUCUCCAAAGAUCCUCCCUUUUCCUCAGUCCAGGCAAAUUCAACUUUCUCAUGCCCCAAAUUCUCCCAAAUUCACUUUUUCUGCUGCGUCGCACCCUAUACACGGUAUUCCCUAUGGCCGAGGAGCCAUGGCUAGGGUUUUGGAGGUCGCUGGGAUUGAUUUAGCCUCCGUUUCCGGAUCCGCUUCGGCUGAACCUCCCAAUGCUCUUUCUCUGCCCACCUGGGCUGUUCAUGUCUCCAGUGUUAUUGAAUGGGCUACUGCAAUGGCUUUGGUUUGGCAAUAUGGGGAGAGGUCGGGAUUUGAAUCCUGGAAGGGGCUAUCGUGGGGCAUGGUGCCAUUGCUCGGUGGAGCACUUUGUGCAUGCACAUGGCAUUUCUUCUAUAACUCGGAAUCUCUUGAGGUUUUAGUGGCUCUUCAAGCGGCUUUGACUCUGAUUGGUAAUGCCACAAUGUGCAUUGCUGCGUUCCGGAUAUACAGAUCGUCUGAACAGAGUUCCAAAUAAGAAUUGCUUCUUUAUUUAUUCAUUCUUCUUGUCAGGUCCUAUUAGAAUUCAUAGUUUAUAUUUAUGAAAUGAGAAUGUCGUUAACUCAUGUAUUCUCAAAAUAAUUUGGCAUUUUAUGAGUUUGUAGAUAAUCAAAGGUAUCCACAUUU